AUGUUGUACAGGACGAUUGGAUUAAUGAGCGGAAGUUCGCUCGAUGGCCUCGAUAUCGCAUUUGUGGAGUUACAUGAGAAUGGUGGUAAAUGGUCCUACGAAAUACUGGAAGCAGAUUGUUACCCGUAUACCGACGAGUGGAUAAACCGAUUGCAACAAGCUAUUCAUCUAAAUGGAUACGAAUACCAGUUAUUACAUGCGGAGUAUGGACAUUAUCUCGGUGAACAGGUCAAUCGUUUUAUCGAUACCCAUGGGUUGCAAUAUAAAGUGGCGCUGAUUGCUUCGCAUGGACACACGACAUUUCAUGUUCCUUCCCGUCGUAUGACUGCCCAGUUAGGGGAUGGCUCCGCCAUUGCCGCCGUUACCAAACUUCCGGUUGUGUCUGAUCUUCGUGCACUUGAUGUUGCAUUGGGAGGCCAGGGAGCGCCGAUCGUUCCCAUUGGUGAAAAAUUGUUACUCGGCGAUUAUGAUUUUUUUCUCAACCUCGGUGGUAUCGCCAAUAUUUCUGUUAAUGCAGACAAUUACGUCGCUUUUGAUGUUUGCCCCGCCAACCGCGUACUCAACAUGCUUGCCGGUGAAAUAGGACAGGCGUAUGAUAAAGGCGGCACGAUCGCCGCCGGUGGUAGUAUUAAUGACGCAUUGCUUGCGUCAUUGAAUGGAUUAGCUUAUUACAGUCAACCCUAUCCGAAAUCACUCGCGAAUGAUUUUGGUACUGAUGUAGUUUUUCCCAUUAUAAAAAAAGCGGCGUUGCCAGUUCCUGAUGCAUUGAGAACAUAUUGUGAACAUAUCGCAAUACAGUUACAUAAAUCUGUUGAACAAUUACGCGAACAGCGACCGGGUAGUGACCGUCCUUUGCGUUUAUUGGCGACCGGUGGUGGCGCGUUAAACACGUUUUUAAUGACCAGGGUGAAGGAACAACUUCAACUCCUCAAUACCGAAGUGAUCAUCCCGGGUGAAAAGCUGGUAAAUUAUAAAGAAGCACUGGUCAUGGCGCUUAUCGGCGUCCUGCGGUGGCGCGAAGAAUAUAAUGUUAUUCCCUCCGUCACCGGCGCUUCACGUGCCAGUGUCGGAGGUGCACUUUGGAUGGGCCAGGAAGCUUGA